GCUCCGCUCUCUCCCUCUCUUCGGCUGGAUGCCAUUAUUGAUUGCUCGUUCGUGAUUCGGAUGGUAAUCUGUACAGUUUCUACCGAAUCCACCAAGAAAACCGUAUCGAGAAGAAGAAACAGGAUCUGAAAUCCUUUCAAUCUCUAAUCGAUAGUUCGUGUGAAUAAAUUGCUGGUCUUUGUUUCUCCUUAUAGUCGGCAUAUGUUUCAUCGAUGAAGAUCCGUUCUUUGCUUCUAUAUUCAGCGAUUUUUCGCGUGUUUUUGAUUGCUUAUGGAGAGUGGCAAGAUACCCAUAUGGAAGUUAGAUACACGGAUGUGGAUUACUUUGUCUUCUCUGAUGCUGCUUCUCUAAUGGCUUCGGGAGAGUCGCCUUAUGAAAGAACCACCUACCGCUACUCACCUUUACUUGCAUUUCUGCUUAUUCCCAAUUCAAUCGUUCACCGUUCUUGGGGCAAGCUCCUCUUCUCUGCUGCAGAUUUACUUGUGGGUUUCUUUAUCUAUGCCAUUUUGAAGCAACGUAAGGUGCCUGAGGUCCUCUGUACAUACUCUGUAAUGGUAUGGCUCCUCAAUCCAUUUACCUUCACCAUUGGAACCCGAGGAAACUGUGAGCCAAUUGUUUGUGCCGUGAUUUUAUGGAUCAUUAUCUGUCUUAUGAAUGGUAAUAUCUUACAAGCUGCAUUUUGGUAUGGACUAAUUGUCCAUUUCAGAAUUUAUCCUAUAAUCUAUGCACUUCCUAUGAUAAUAGUUCUUGAUCCGAACUACAUUCAAUUUGGUCAGAAGCCUGUCCUUGAGUAUUGGAGUUCUGUGCAAGAAAAAAUCUCUCAAAGCAGUGGAAAAUCAACUGACCAGUAUGCUAUAAGGACUGCACUCAAAGGCAUAUUCACUAGAGCGAGAAUUAUGUUUGCCCUAGUCUCAGGAACUACUUUCCUCGCCUUUACUGGUCUUUUCUUUCAUUUAUAUGGAUGGGAGUUCUUACAUGAGGCACUGCUUUACCAUCUUACGCGCACAGAUCCAAGACACAAUUUUUCCAUCUAUUUCUAUCACAUAUAUCUACACUGCGGGCAAGAUCUUUCAGUGGUGGAAAAGCUGAUCUCCUUUUUUCCUCAGUUUGUAGUACAGCUCGUUCUUAUUUUCCGCUUCUCGCAGGAUCUUCCAUUUUGCAUUUUCCUGCAGACAGUGGCAUUUGUAGCAUUCAAUAAGGUCAUCACAGCGCAAUACUUUGUUUGGUAUUUUUGCUUACUGCCUCUGAUUUUACCGUGGAGCAGUAUGAAGCUCAAAUGGGAAGGCUUAUGCUGCAUUCUGUUAUGGAUGGGAGCACAGGCACACUGGCUGAUGUGGGGUUAUUUGCUUGAAUUUAAGGGCAAGAAUGUCUUCCUGCAGCUUUGGAUGGCAAGCUUAUUAUUCCUUGCGGCGAAUACUUUCUUCAUAAUCAUGUUUAUCCGCCGACACAAGUACACCCCUCUUUUUAGACUUUCCGAGGGUGCAAGUUCAAAGAAUGCCAAGAAACUAGAAUGAAGGGAAAAAGGUUUUGCUGACCAUCAUGCUUGGAGGAUAUGAAAAUGUUUUGCUGACCAUCAUGAUUGGAGGAUGUCAGAGUUGAUAUCUGCAGAUCAUCAUCAUCAUUCGAGCAUUUAUCCCAGAAGUUGAUAUGUGUAGAUCUUAUAUCAAAAUGUUUUGAGAUUUAUUCUUUUUUGAUUGCUGUAACAUGGUGGUGUGAGGUUUUUUUGCUCGCGAUUUUGACUGAGUAGAAAAGGAGGUGGGAGCUGAAUCAAAUUAGUUUUGUCAAGCAUUUGAAGGCUUCUGACAGUCAUCCCUUUUCUGUUCAUCCUCCUGGAUGCAACUUGGGGUUCGUUACUUUACAAUUACAGGGUAAUUGACAUUUGACAUCGUGCUAGCUUUAGCCAACAGACUCAUGUUCAUGUUC